GUAAGAGAAGUGAGGACAUAAAAAAAGUGAGAAGUGCACUUUUGGGACCUAACAAACGAAGGUCGAAGUUGAUGGGAGGUGGAAUUGAUAUUUUCACCCGGGAGAGUGUUUUUUGGAGUCGUUUCGAUCAAUGCCGUCGUACACAGUGACCAUCGCCACGGGAAGCCAGUGGUUUGCGGGGACCGAUGACUACAUCUACAUAACGCUAGUGGGCACUGAGAGAUGCAGUGAGAGGACUCUGAUGGACAAGCCUCUUUACAAUGACUUUGAGAGGGGAGCGGUGGAUUCCUACCUGGUGAGGGUAGACGAGAACCUGGGUGAGAUUGUGUUGGUGAAGCUGGAGAAGAGAAAAUACUGGGUUCAGGACGACUGGUACUGCAGCUACAUCUCCGUAAAGACUCCAGACGGAGACAACUUGGAGUUUCCAUGCUACCGCUGGCUGGUCGGUGACAAGGAAGUGGUGCUGCGAGAUGGGCGAGCUUACCUGCCUCAGGAUGAUAAGACAACCGUGGUCAAGCAGCACAGACAGAAUGAGCUGGAAAUGAGGCAGAAAGCCUACAGAUGGAUGGAGUGGCAGCCAGGCUUUCCAAUGAGCAUAGAUGCAAACAGACAUCAGGAUUUGCCCCGAGACAUCCAGUUUGACAGUGAGAAAGGAGUGGAUUUCGUACUGAACUUCAGCAAAGCAAUCGAGAACCUGUUUGUGAACCACAUCAUGCACAUGUUCCAGUCGUCCUGGAGUGACUUUGACGAUUUUGAGAGGAUCUUUUUGAGAAUCAAAAACACAAUCUCAGAGUAUGUGAUGCAACACUGGAAAGAGGAUUUCAUGUUCGGCUACCAAUUCCUGAACGGCUGCAAUCCUGUCGUCAUCCAAAAGCUCAGCAAACUUCCUGACAAGUUUCCUGUCACCAAUGAAAUGGUCGCUGUCAGCCUGGAGAGAGCGUUGACUCUGGAGGAGGAAGUUAAGGCAGGUAACAUCUAUGUGGCGGACUACGAAGUGUUAGAUGGCAUCAAACCAAACUGUACAGAUCCGUGCACCCUGCAGUACCUGGCAGCUCCCAUCUGUCUUAUGUACAAGAACACACAGAACAAGAUUCUUCCAAUAGCCAUACAGUUGGGUCAGACUCCAGGCGAGGACAACCCCAUCUUCCUGCCCACUGACAGCCAGUACGACUGGCUCCUCGCAAAGAUCUGGGUGCGCUCGGCCGACUUCCAGUACCACCAGACGAUCACGCACCUGCUCAGGACACAUCUGAUCUCAGAGAUGUUUGCCCUCGCCACGUUCAGGCAGCUCCCCGCAGUCCACCCGGUCUUUAAGCUACUCAUUCCGCACAUCCGUUUCACCAUCGCUAUCAACACCAAGGCCAGAGAGCAGCUCAUCUGCGAGUGUGGCAUCUUUGACAAGGCAAAUGCCACAGGCGGAGGUGGUCACGUGCAGCUGGUUCGGAAGGCCACGAAAGGCCUGACCUUCAGGUCUCUCUGCUUCCCCGACAUGAUCAAAGCUCGCGGAGUGGACAGCAAGCAGGAGCUGCCCACCUACUUCUACAGAGAUGAUGGCUACAAGGUGUGGGAGGCCACCAAGAGCUUUAUUUCCGACGUGGUCACUAUUUACUACACUAGCAACGAAAAGGUGCAGGGAGAUGAGGAAAUCCAGGCGUUCGUCAAAGACGUGCGCACCUUUGGGAUGCAGGACUUCGAUUCCUGUGAGUUUCCCAAGGCGCUGAAAUCCCGCGAAGAGCUGAUCGAGUACUUGACCGUCAUCGUGUUCACGGCGUCAGCUCAACACGCAGCCGUCAACUUUGGACAAUACGACUGGUGUUCCUGGAUUCCCAACGCUCCCUCCACCAUGCGGAAGCCCCCACCCAAGCAGAAGGGUUUGGCGAACGUGAACCUGAUCAUCGACAGCCUCCCGGACCGAGGGCGCUCCAGCUGGCACCUGGGGGCCGUCUGGGCCCUCAGCCAGUACCAGGAGAAUGAGCUCUACUUGGGCAUGUACCCCGACGAACACUUCAUCGAGAAGCCAGUCAAGGUGGCAAUGGAGAAAUUCAGGAACACUCUGGCGGAGAUCAGCAGCGCCAUCAAGACGAGAAACCAGGGAAAGAAACUGCCCUACUACAACAUGUCCCCCGAUAAGAUACCCAAUAGUGUCGCUGUUUGAGGGACGUGCUCGUUCAUAUUGUGUCCAAACAUUUGCUGACACGGUGUGUCAUAUUUUCAGAAAUGCAGACAAUUAAAAAACAAACUUACUUCUAAACAUCUUUGGACUAAUUCACCUCUGUAUAUAUAGUGAUUCUCAGUGUGGUAAGUGAGCUCCCUCUAGUGGUACAUCAAGAAUCCAUCCAGCCAUCCAUCCACUUUCUGGAGUGCUUCUCCUCAUGCGGGUCAUGGGCGUGCUGGAGUCUUAUAAAUUGUUAUUUAUGUUCAAUUCAUUUCAAUUGAAGCAUUAUUUCAGUAGUUUUUUUAAUUUUCUUGUAUUCAAGCACAGUUUUAAUGUUCCAACGUCAGUGCAGAAUGGUACAGUGGGUUAAAAUAAUUUUUAAAAAAUCUCAUUUUGAUGAACCCUUAGGUCUACUACACUACGGUAUAUUAUUUUGAAUUAGAAUCUUUUUUAUUUAUGAUGACGGUACUUGGGGAGCUAAGUAUUUAUUUAGGUGGUACUUAGAAUAAAAGGUUUGAGAAUCACCGCUGUGUAGGAAUUGGUAUUGGCUGUUGUGCUACUUCAGGAAGUAGUUGCAUUCUAUUGAUUCAGCUACAAAUGUACACUAGGUGGGAGCAUUGGUUCCAAAUGAUAUCAUUUGGCAUUCUACAAAUGUCAACAAGAAUUUGGCUAUGUUGUUGAGGACCCGGGUUCAAUCCCCGGCCUCGCCUGUGUGGCGUUUGCAUGUUCUCCCCGUGCCUGCGUGGGUUUUCUCCGGGCACUCCGGUUUCCUCCCACAUCCCAAAAACAUGCAUUAAUUGGAGACUCUAAAUUGCCCGUAGGCAUGACUGUGAGUGCGAAUGGUUGUUUGUUUCUGUGUGCCCUGCGAUUGGCUGGCAACCAGUUCAGGGUGUACCCUGCCUCCUGCCCGAUGACAGCUGGGAUAGGCUCCAGCACGCCCGCGACCCUAGUGAGGAGAAGCGGUUCAGAAGAUGGAUGGAUGUUUUCACCAGGCCAAACAAGCCUUAACCUGUUCUGUUCAGCCACUUAGUCAUGCAGUAUGGUGGAUCGGUAUCUUGCUGCAACAGUAGAAUUUGAUAUAUUCCCGGCUGUUGUUAUUUGUAUUGAGAUGGAUGUUUACUAGGAAUACAGUCGGCCUGACUGAGGUUUGAGAGGGGACAGACAGAGAGAAAAAAUAGGACAGGAGAACAGGGUACUAGCUUUAAUCAUCUGUAUAUGUGGUCUAGGAAGGCAGUGCUACACUGAGAGAAGUGACGAGAAGCAAAUAGGACUGCAUAUGAUAGGACAGGACAGAGCAUUACAAGACAGGAUGGAGUAGGACAGGACUGAAUUGGACAAGACUGGUCAGGACGGAAUGGGAUUGGACUGUCAGGAUUGGACCGAGUGGAGCAGGACUGCACUGGACAGGAUUGGAUUUGAUCUGUAAGUGGACUGGGAAGGCAAUACUACACCUUGCGAGGAAGGGACACAAUAAGUAGCAAGUAUGACAGGACGGGGCAGGAUAGUACUGGAUUUAUUUAUUUAUUUAUUUUUUGCGGUCUGAGAGAGAAAGCUACACCUUGUGAGAAGUGACGACAAGCAAAUAGGACUGGACAGAGCAUUACAAGACAGGACGGGGUAGGACAGGACUGAACUUGACACGACGGGUCAGGACAGAAUUGGACUGGUCUGGUCAGGAUUGGACUAAGUGGGGCAGGACUGCAUUGGACAGUACUGGAUUUGAUUUAUAAGUGGACUGGGAGGGCAGUACUACACCCUGUGAGGAAGGGAUGCAACAAGUAGCAAAUAUGACAGAAUGGGCAAGGACAGGAUUUUAUCUGUGUGGUCUGGGAAGGAAGUGCAACAAUGAGCAAAUAUGACAGGACAGGAUUAGCAAGGACUGAUACCUUUUGUGACAUUUUUGUUUUGUGUUGUGCCAUGAAAUAAAAUAGUCUUGUGUCAUUAAAGGUUGGGAAACACUGCUCUAAAUUGGUUUGUGUGUUUUGAACGAUGACAACGGUCCUUCCGGUGCUUACC